GAUCCUCCUCCACAACUAAUCAGCAGUCACUGGACCACCAUGACACUCUCCAAAGAUGUAGAGAUUCAGCAGCCCGCAGCCCACAUGGACAGCGUGAGCCUACGUCCACCUCGCAAGGACAUGGAGUUCGCCAGCAGCGGUGGCAGCAGCCUUGAGCAGAUGGAUGGGGGGGUCUUUCAACUUGUGGAGCCCCCUAGAAGGUCCACUGGCAGGCUGAUCAUGCACAGCAUGGCCAUGUUUGGGAGGGAGUUCUGCUACGCCGUUGAAGCGGCCUUCGUGACUCCGGUUUUGCUCAGUGUGGGCCUACCUAGGAGUUUGUACAGCUUUGUUUGGCUCAUCAGCCCCCUCCUGGGGUUCGUUCUACAGCCAGUGGUGGGCUCCGCCAGUGACCACUGUCGCUCCCGCUGGGGGAGACGCAGACCCUAUAUUCUCGCGUUGGGGAUUUUGAUGGUUUUGGGGAUGACGUUGUAUCUCAAUGGAGACACGGUCAUAUCUGCCCUAAUCAAGGAAAGAGGUGCUAGAAAGAGGACAUGGGCAAUAGUAAUCACUAUGCUUGGAGUUGUGGCUUUUGACUUUGCAGCAGACUUCAUUGAUGGACCUAUAAAAGCCUACCUGUUUGAUGUAUGCUCACACCAAGAUAAGGAGAGAGGGCUUCAUUACCAUGCUUUAUUGACUGGACUUGGAGGAGCUCUGGGAUAUCUAACGGGAGCCAUUGACUGGGGCUCUACCAUUCUUGGAAGGCUGAUGGGCUCGGAAUUCCAAGUCAUGUACUUCUUUGCAGCUUCAGUCUUCUUGGUGUUUCUCGUCGUACAUCUCUUCAGCAUCCCUGAGGUUCCCCUAGAAAAGGAAGCCAAAUCAGACACUGAGACCAGGCCCUUCUUGACGCACGAUGGGUUAAGUGCAUACGGCUCUAUAGACAAAGUACAGAACGGCAGUUUAAAGACUAUAGAGCCAAAGUUAUCCUCUUUACCGCACAUAGAUGAAGAGGAGGAAGACUCAAAGGUGCAGAAACGAAUGACCCUUAAGUCUCUGAUUCGUGCUUUGUUAACAAUGCCAUCUCACUACCGUUAUUUGUGUGUGAGUCAUCUAAUUGGCUGGACGGCAUUCCUUUCCAACAUGCUAUUCUUUACAGAUUACAUGGGGCAGAUUGUUUACCAUGGAAACCCAUAUGCACCUCACAACUCUACUUCAUACCUCCUCUACGAGCGGGGGGUGGAGAUUGGCUGCUGGGGCAUGUGCAUCAAUGCCAUCUCCUCCUCUUUAUACUCUUAUCUCCAGAAAGCACUUCUCCCCUAUAUUGGGCUAAAGGGUCUGUAUUUUGUUGGAUAUUUGCUCUUUGGAUUAGGAACUGGCUUUAUCGGGCUGUUCCCCAAUGUUUACUCCACGUUGGUCUUGUGUUCUCUCUUCGGUGUAAUGUCAAGUACCCUUUACACUGUUCCUUUCAACCUCAUCUCUGAGUACCAUCGAGAAGAAGAGUAUGAAUCCCAUUUGGAAGGGAAGAAAACAGAGCACAGAGGGAAGGGAAUUGACUGUGCUGCUCUCACCUGCAUGGUACAACUGGCUCAGAUCAUUGUAGGUGGUGGUCUCGGAUUCCUGGUCAUCCUAGCUGGAAGUGUGGUGGUAGUCGUCAUCUCCGCCUCCACAGUGUCACUCAUUGGCUGUUGUUUUGUUGCUAUAUUUGUUCGAUAUGUUGAAUAA